AUGCCAUUCACUGACAAAGAUGGUAAACUUUCCUUGACAGAAAAGCAGAAGAAGCGAAUAAAGGCUUGGUUGCGCCCCCAUGAAAUUUUCGAGGAACCCAAACUUAUAGGCACCAUUGACAGUGGUACUAUAAAGCAGACUGUGAUAUCUGAUUGCUCAUUCGUCGCCUCACUUUCCAUCACUGCCCGAUACGAAAAGAGAUUUGGUAAACAAGUCAUCACGAGUAUUAUUUACCCUCAAAACAAAGCAGGCCAACCGGUAUACAAUCCGUCUGGGAAGUAUAUGGUGAAAUUGCACAUAAAUGGAGUUUGGAGAAAGGUCAUUAUCGACGACUAUCUCCCAACUGACGAGUACAUGAACUUGUUGUGCUCGCACAGUCAAACAAAAGGAGAAUUGUGGGUUUCGUUGUUGGAAAAAGCGUACCUCAAAGUUAUGGGCGGUUACGAUUUUCCUGGGUCGAAUUCGAAUAUCGAUCUUCAUGCUUUGACUGGAUGGAUUCCUGAUCGGAUAUCAAUAAAAAAGGGUGACUCAUCUUUCGAUGGAGAUAAGGUUUUCGAAAAGCUUCUUUCUCGUUUCCAUCGUGGAGAUUGCCUAAUAACGCUGGCAACUGGAAAACUGAGCCCAGAUAUCUGCGAUCGUGCUGGUCUUGUCGACUGCCAUGCAUACGCUGUUCUGGAUCUUCGAAAAAUCGAUGGCAAACGGCUCUUGAUGGUGAAAAACCCUUGGACCCAUCUUCGAUGGAAGGGAAGGUUUUCGGAAAAUGACACCGUCAGCUGGACUCCAUCGCUCCGUAAAGCACUUGAUUAUGAUCCGAAUCAAGCCAAAUCGAAGGAUGAUGGAGUGUUCUGGAUCGAUUUUGAGUCAGUAUGCCAUUUCUUUGAUGUUUUCUACGUGAAUUGGAACCCAGCUUUAUUUCCAUUCACUUUCGGCAUUCAUGCAGCAUGGAACUCUUGCAAUGGCCCUGUGAAGGAUCUUUACUCUGUAGCUGACAACCCUCAGUAUUUGCUAGAAGUUCACAAUCAAACAACAAGUGCCGUUUGGAUUUUGCUCACUAGGCAUAUCACGGAAAUCUCCGACUUUGCGGACAACAAGGAGUAUAUCACAGUGAUGGUGUAUAAGUCCGGGAAGAAAAUAUACAUCCCAAUCGAUCCUAAGCCUCUUUAUGAAGGAAUGCGUAUCAAUAGUCCCCAUUAUCUUUGUCAAAUGGUGAUAAAUGAACCAGGAGUUCAGAAGUACACGUUGGUAGUAGCACAGUACGAAAAGAUGAAAACUAUAUAUUACACUCUGCGGGUCUUCUCUUCGUGUCAAUUCAACCUCAGUCCUAUCAAGAGCAACUACAGUGUGAAGAAAACUGAGACGGGCAAAUGGGAAGGUCGUACUGCUGGCGGUUGUGGCAAUGGGCUUAGUAGAGAUACGUGGAUGCCUGGUUAUACUGUGCUAGCACUGGAUAAAGUUCCGGCUGGAGUUUACACGAUCCGUCCAAUGACGUUCGAGGGUUCCUUGAUGAGCUACCGACUUGACCUAGUCAUGUACAACGUCCUCGAUGUCCCAGUGAAAAAUGGGAAACUAGAUUGGAGCAUCUUGGAGCUGUUCAACCGGAAAGCUACCGGAACUUGUGCUGUCGCUUCAAGCAGUGAAGUCAUAGUAGAAUUGGAUAAGGGUAUUCAUCUCGAGCCUCCACCAACGAAAAUCGCCAAUGAUUUAUAUGGUGUGUAUGAUCUCAAGAACAACAAUUCUGACUCAUCUUUCACAGUAUCGGCUUCCUACGAAGGCCAGUUUAGCCCCACCUCGACUAAAGAGCAGAACACGCUGAGUUUAUCGUCGUUCAUUGGAGGAACAGACCAGCAGUGUGGAGUUCUGGUCUCUAUUCUCAAAAAUGAUGGAGCACCACUACGAAUUACUUACACCCAUCAACUGCCAUGGUAUAUGCUGAUAUAUUAUCACACACUUGCAGUCACUUGUACGGAUCUGAAGUAUGGAAACGAACAGGUGCCUACCAUUCAUAAGCGUCUCUUCGUUCCCUCUAUAUCUCGGAAGAGACCGGCUCUUAUUGAGAUGGAACUGGACCUCCCCAGCAGAUCAAAAUGCCAAAUCCAGAUGGAGUUCGAAAAAGCCUUUCUGAGGAUUCGUGAGUAUCCGCCCGACGCUAACCACGGCAUGUACAUUCCUGCUGCUAUUGUUACUUUCGAGAAAGACCUGGAAAGCAAGGAUGAC